ACCACCGAGUAAGAAGUAAGGCACGCUCAUCCUGUCGUGAUUAACUGUCGAAAAGCCGGAUUUCGAAUAAGCAUUCAUGCGCGAUAUCUCAAAGUCUAUUUGCAGAUUUAGAUUUAAAGUAUGCGUCAAUUACAAUUACAAUAGUUAUUAAUUAUGUAUGCUGGUUAAAUAUUACGGGGGGGUUUUCAGUUUUUAUCUGCCUAAGGCAGCUAGGUUAGGAAGCCCGCUUCCUGACAGGAAAUUGUUUGCGGCUAAGAUCUGCUUUACGGCUGUGUAACUGUUACUAAGGGAAGUGGAGGUCAGUGAGGGAGCUCGCAUUAAAAUGAAUAAGAUUAGUUAUGUAGCUAUAUUGCCUAAUAACUGCAUCAGCAAUUACGUCAAUCAAUAAAGUUAGCUGUAUUAUUUAAAACCGUAACCACAUUCAGGAGUCUAGUUAGCUUAGCUAGUUAGUUAGUUACUUCCUGGCUUUUAUGUCAAAUUGAGCUGUGAUCACAGUAGCUUUUAUAGGUUGGCAUAAGUUGUCUUUUCCAGAUCGCUUGGACAUAAACAUGGAUAAUAAUUUGUCGGGGUCUGGACUGUCAAAGGCCGGAUUUGGUAGUCUUUUUGGAGCGGCGGCACCUGGAUAUUCAAACACUGAGCUCGCCGGAGUGCCAAUAACAGGAAUGAGCCCCCUCUCCCCUUAUCUGAACGUGGACCCUCGAUAUCUAACGCAGGACAGUGAUGAGUUCAUCCUGCCCAUUGGAGCAAGCAAGGCGCGGGGCCGGUUUGAGCUGGCCUUCUUCACCAUUGGAGGCUGCUGCUUUACUGGGGCUCUAUUCGGAAGUCUUAACGGUCUUCGCAUGGGGCUGACGGAGACCAGAGGCAUGGCAUGGUCUAAGCCUCGAAACGUACAGAUCGUGAACCUGGUGACGCGGCAGGGGACCACGUGGGCAACUUCUCUGGGCUCCCUGGCGCUGUUGUACAGCGCGUUCGGAGUGGCGCUCGAGGCGGCCAGGGGAGCGGAAGAUGACCUGAACACGGUGGCGGCCGGGACCAUGACGGGGAUGCUGUACAAAUCCGCAGGAGGCCUGCGCGGGGUUGCCAGGGGCGGCCUGGCUGGCUUGGCCAUUUCGGGACUGUAUGCCCUCUACAGCAACUGGGAUCACCUGAAGGGACGCUCCCCCAUCCACUACUGAACCAGCAGGCACCGGAGGACCUCCAAAAACCACGAGCCUCACCCCUCUACCUGCACCACCCCCAAAUCACGCUGAACUCAAAGGCAGCUGUGGGCAGGUGUGGACAGAAGAGACUGCACCAGGCUUUGCAUACACAAGCCUAAAAACACUGUAUAUUUACGUGACGUGGUCAUGCACUGCUUCCCUGUUCAACAUGAAGAUGAAUGUUUGAUUGUUAAGAACGUCUUAUUGCGGUGAGACGGUUUACACACCCUCCCCCGCCCCGUUACAAUUACAUUCACUUACAGCUCAUCCUUCAUGCGAUAAUUGUAGCAUCAUGAUUUUCUCUGAGUAAGACCAUUACUGCACUCAUGGCUUGGGUGUGUUGUUUUCAGACAACGUGCACAGAAUGUCUCUGACCGCAUGCAUCGUUUGGCUGAUCAACGGGUCAAAUGCUGAAUUUUAACUUCGACCCUACUUUUGUUUUUCCAAAAACAAAUCCUGCAUAUUGUUACGAGACAUAUUCUUAUCAGCUAACUAUGAUGACAAUGGCAUUUCCACCACCCCACUCACCUUGUUCUCUUUGUAUGGACUCAGUAUCCUUUGUGCUUUCAGUAUCCUUACGUAAACGCACUGUCCAGGUAACACUCGACUCAGGGGUCUGUUGUACUGGCAGGUACUUGACAUUCAGUCCAUGUCAGGUCUGUUGAAUGAAAAAGGUAAUUUGCAUCAUCGCAAAAUAGAGCUGGCAUCUCUACACUGGUGGAAAACCAACCAGGUUUAAGUUUGUUGAAUUGUUAUAGGUACAAAUGUUCUCCUUUAACCCUUGCUCAGUCACAUGUCUCAAUGAUUAAGAACAUACAAUGUCAUAAAUAUAUACCAAAUACCCCAAAAAUAAACAAGAAAUGGUACCACCUGAA